AUGUCUUCUUCGUCUCUAUUUACGGCAUCCCCUACAUUUUCGGUUCCUAGUGAACGUCUCCAUAUCUCCUACUUCUUACCCGAGUCCCCUGCACACUGUGCCUUCCUCGUCAAACUAUGGAACACCGAAGACUUCAUCAAAUCCUGCGGCCGCACUGGCAUUGAUACGCCAGAGAAGGCCUUCAAUUUCCUUCGCAACCGUGUCCACGCUGACUAUGCCCGAAAUAAGUACGGCAUUUUUGUGGUCUCGCUCAAGCCGUAUGAGAAUGCAUCUUUGUCUGAAAGCACCCCCAUCGGCACCGUGUCGCUGAUGAAAGGUGAGCCACCAAAUUCUUAUUUGGCGCCCGAUAUUGGGUAUGCGAUCCUACCCGAAGAAACUGGAAAGGGAUAUGCCACCGAAGCGGGGGUUGCAUUGCUGGAGUAUGCGCGGAGAGAACUCGGAGUCGAUUCGGCAUUUGGGUUCUGUGCGAAGGACGACCCCCGCAGCGCGAGGGUGUUGGAGAAGAUCGGUUUCGAAUCUCGAGGAGAAAAGAAAUUGAAGGUUUUUGGAGGGAAGGAAAGUGCCGUUUAUGUACUUCCUGGGAUGAGACAAGAUCUGACGGUGUAUAACUUAGAUGAUUGA